UUCAAAAUCGUAGCUCGUAUAAGCUUUUUGUCGACUGUUCUAAUAAAAAAAAAUUAUUUCAAUUCGGAAAACUAAUUUACUGGCUCUUUGUUUAUGCUAAGCAUUAUGUCCGUAUUCACAAGAAAAAUCGUGAAAUCAAUUAUUAAUGCAAACGAAGUUCGAGCUUCCAUUCUUAGGGAAAAGGGCCUUGCAGAAUCGGUGCGCGUGGCUGUAGAGGAACACAAAUUUUAUCUGGUAAAGAGGAUCACCGCCUUUCUCCAGGAAGCAGAACUAAACGAUGACGAAUUUUUGCUAAUCAUAAAAGAUGCUAACAAAAUAAUCUUUAAUUUGACUAAAGAUUUUGUCAACCUUGUCGAGGCUUUGCUGUCUCUUAAUUGGAAGAACCGCAGUUUUGAGAUAAUUGAAGCUUAUACAGAAUUUUGGGUUGACAUAGUGGUGGCCCAAAAUAUAUAUCUACCCAUAUCUAUAUCUAAAUUGAUUAUCCACUGGAUUCCUGGUCACUUGGACGCUUCCGAAUGGGUUAAUGGAAGCCCUUCGGAGUGUACUCGCUCUGAAUUGAAAUUUACUCAUGAUUUAUUAAAUCGUAUCUUAACUGCCGUACCGAUGGCAUUUGAUGAAGUAAUGAACGCCAUAAUCAAACUAUACCCAUAUUUUAAAAAGCCAGCCCACGUAACGGCGGGGUAUCUGUUUAACAUGCUCUGUCUAAUUGAGUACAAGCCAAUAUUUGAGGAACAAAUUUUGAAGCUGGCUCUGCAAAAACUUUUAGUAUUAGAUGUUAACGCUCCAAACGGCAAAACCUUGGAUAUUUGUCUCUUCAUGCUUUUUAAUUUCUUGGAUGGCAAAUGUCGCAUUAACCGAAGCAGUAGCAACCAAGAACGACGGGCUGCUAAAAGCAUAUUUAAAAUGCUACUGGAUAUAUUUGACGAAAUUCUGUUACCCAGUCAUGAUACUUCUCAUGUGCAAUUUGUCAUAUUUUAUGCGACUAGUAUUCGGUCGACAUAUUCGAAUGCUUUCCUUGAUUUACUUUGGAAGAAAAUUCAAAAUGCCGACUUGUCUGCAGUUAUUCGCCAUGCUGCGGUGGGGUACCUGUCUAGCUUUUUAGCCCGCGCAAAGUUUGUGCCACUUAGCACUGUACAAUUCUAUUUAAAAGAGUUAAGCAAGUUGGCUCAUAAAUACAUAGACGAAUCGGAUGAGAAUAAUUUGACUUGCUCAGAUAUUGCUAAUUGGGCGUUUUAUUCUAUAUGCCAAGCCUUGUUCUAUUUAAUAUCGUUUCGUGAAACAGAUUUGACUGCAAGUUCAAAAG